AUGUGGCACUGGAAGUCCCGCCUCCUGCCCCCGUCACGCAUUUCCGGGUAACUCCCUUCUUCUUCCGGCACAUGUAAACAUGGCGCCCCCCAUUCCGCUGCUCGCAGUGAGUGGAUCAGAAGGAACGUCGUUGCUGUGCGGACCCCCGCGGUGUGAGCAGCACUCGUCCUUCCAGAGGGACAGCCGGCCCAGCAGGUACCUCACCUUCAGCAGGGACGGGACGCUCGUAGGAUGGUGCAACGGACACAGCGUCUCUGUGGUGAAAUGUGCGGACGGAUCUGUGGUGUCCACCUUUGACCUCCCAAAAACCGUUCUGCUGGAGUUCUCUCCCCUAAAUAACAUCCUGGUCACCUGGCAACCGUACACCAAGACUCAGGACAGUCCUCAGGGGGAAGCCAACCUGCAGCUGUGGGAGCUGCAGACCGGCCAACUGGUCAAAGCUCUGUACCAGAAGAAAAUCGACUCCUGGUGUCCCAGGUGGUCUGCAGACGAGAAGGUCUGUGUGAGGAGCGUCAACAACGAGCUGCACUUCUUUGAGAACAAUGACUUCAACUCCAUCGCCAACAAGCUUCACAUGCAGAAAGUUUCUGACUUUGCCGUAUCGCCUGGAGCUCUGCCCUGCAAGGUCGCCAUCUACGUCCCCGGCAGUAAAGGAGCGCCGUCCUUCGUGCGGCUCUACCAGUACCCGGUUCUGGGCGGGCCCGGCGCGGCGCUCGCUAACAAGAGCUUCUUCAAGGCGGACAAAGUCAUGAUGCAGUGGAACCAGAAAGCCUCCGCCGUCCUGGUCACGGCGAGCACAGAGGUGGAUAAAAGCGGAGCUUCAUAUUACGGCGAGCAGACGUUGCACUACCUGGGUGUGAACGGAGAGACGUCUCUGGUCCAGCUGGCCAAGAACGGGCCGAUCUACGACGCGGCCUGGAGCCCCAACUCCUCGGAGUUCUGCGUGGUUUACGGCUUCAUGCCGGCCAAAGCCACCGUCUUCAACCUGAAGUGUGAAGCCGUGUUCGACUUCGGAACCGGCCCGCGAAACGCCGCCUACUACAGUCCUCAGGGCCACAUCCUGGUUCUGGCCGGGUUCGGGAACCUCAGGGGCAAGAUGGAGGUUUGGGACGUGAAGAAGUACAAACAGGUGUCCACGCCUGAGGCUCCAGACGCCACGUUUUUCUCCUGGUGUCCCGAUGGCGAGCACAUCGUCACGGCGACCUGCGCCCCUCGGCUACGGGUCAGUAACGGAUAUAAGAUCUGGCAUUACACGGGCUCGGUUCUGCAGAAGCACGAUAUCGUAAAGGGCGCAGAGCUGUGGGACGUCCGCUGGCAGCCGUUCCCGGAUGGCACCUUUCCGGAGCGGCCCAUCCGGUACCAGGCUGCGCCCAGUGAACUGGGCUCCACCCAGGCCGCCCCCACGCAGGCGUACCGUCCCCCCGCACUGAGGCACCUGCCGGCCGCUCCCAGCUCCAAACUGCAUGAAGAAGAACUGCCUCAGAACCUCCGGGCCGGACCGGGAGGAGAGAAGAGCCUCUCCAAGACGGCUUUGAAGAACCAGAGGAAGCGAGAAGCAAAGAAAGCCGCGAAACUGGAGGCCAAACCUGACCCUGAACCUCAAUCUGCUCCCGCACCUGAGAGCCACAGCCAAUCAGAGGUGACCAGCGGCAGCGGAGACCCGGAGACAGACAAGAAGAUCAAGAACUUAAACAAGAAACUGAAAGCCAUCGAGGAGCUGAAGGAGCAGCAGGCGUCUGGGAAAGUUCUGCAGAAGAACCAGGUGGAGAAGAUCCAGAAGGAGGAGCAGCUGCUGAAGGAGCUGCAGGCGCUGCAGGUCAAGCCGUAGGACGCCUUCCCAGCAUGCUUCACUCUGACACAGCCAGGAGCAGCGGCUGAUUGGACAGAAACGGGAAUGGAUCCGGGGGCGGGGCUUAGUCUUUUAGGUCUGCUGAGCGACAGCCGCAUUCUGGGAAACGUAGGCAGUGAGGCUGCCUCAUCUGUACAGUGUUUCACAAUAAAAGCCUGUUCUGAA